AUGUCAACCGAUAUUUUCAUAAAGUCGUUUACUCAUCUCACAGGGCGGCCGAAAGGUGACCAGGCCUUACAGAUGCUACGGAAAGUGGCAUCGAUGGUCAAGCCUAUCAUGCGACAGCAUCAAUGGCUUCUUCCUACAUUGGCAGAAUUCUUUCCGGAUCAGUCAAAUUUACUCGGUGCGCCUACCAAUGUCAAUAUGGGACAAAAGAUUUUACUGAGACUGCGUCCUGCUUAUUCUCCCGACUCAUUCUUAGAUAUAGAUCAGGUCGUCCAGACUAUGCUACAUGAGUUGACACACAACGUUCACGGCCCGCAUGACGACAAGUUUUACAAAUUCCUUUCUGGCCUCCAGGACGAGUACGAGCAACUUGUGCGAACUGGUUAUGCUGGGGAGGGAUUCUUUUCCAAGGGUCACCGGUUGGGGGGCAAUGCAUCGCACAGUGUGCCCCAGCAUAUGAGUCGCGCGAAGGCACUUGAGGCUGCAGAGAAGAGAAGACGAGCAGCUCAGGUCCUAGGCGGAGGUGGGAGACGAGUGGGCACGGGUUCUUCCAGUACGAGAAAUGGAAGGUCGUUACGAGAAUUGGCUGCCAGGGCUGCUGAGCUGAGAGCACGCGACGAGAAAGCUUGCGGGCUUGGCACACAUGCUGAGCAAGAGGCUGAGAAAGCGGCCAAGGAGAGUGUUGUUAUUGACCUAACUGGUGACAAUUAUGAAGAGGACUCGGAUCCGGAGGUCAUCAUUGUGGAAGACUCCCGUGAUCAGAAGCCAGGACUGUCCAAAAAGCCUGUACCGGCGCAGACUAGACCAUCAUCGGCAAAUCUUGCAAGGACUGGGGGGAGCAGUAGCAUCGCGAAGCACCGCUCUGCUGAUUCUCAGGCAUCUGCAUCGUCUGACCAAUGGUCGUGCGCAGUGUGUACACUAUUGAACGCGCCCAUGGUCCUCCAGUGCGAUGCAUGCUUGACUACGCGACCCGGUAAUGGAUGGACAUGCCUUGUAUGCGGGCAGGGCGGGAUAGCCCACGAUUUUUGGAUGUGCUCUUCUUGCGGUCAAGUGAAGACUCAUAGCUGAACGUUUCACUUUAUGGGAUGCAUCCCCGCACUUCUAUAUCACACUGUAUAAUACCAUGAGCGUAGAAAUAAUAUCAUUGUAUGGUGAU